AUGGCGGUCACUGUGGAGCAGAAGGGCAGUGGAGGCAAGGGGGCGUCGCGGGUCGUGACCGCACCGGAUGGCGGGUGGGGCUGGAUGAUCGUCGCUGGCUGCUUCCUCACCACCAUCUGCACACGUGCUGUUACCAGAUGUAUAUCCAUCUUUUUUGUGGAGUUCCAGCUGCACUUUGAGAGGGAUUAUUCCACCACUGCCUGGAUCCACAGUCUGGUUGACUGCACCACCAUGCUCUGUGCUCCACUUGGCAGUCUCAUCGGGAACCGUCUCUCCUGUAGAGCCACAGUGAUUCUGGGAGGCCUGCUGUCUUCUACUGGCCUGGUGCUCAGCUCCUUCACGUCCAGUCUGGAAUGCCUCUACAUCUUCCUGGGCAUCCUCACAGGUCUUGGCUUCGCUCUCAGCUACACACCAGCCAUAGCAAUGGUGGGGAAGUACUUCAACGAAAGGAAAGCACUAGCUUAUGGCAUUGCCAUGUCAGGUACUGGCAUUGGGACCUUCAUCUUGGCCCCUGCAGUCCAGCUGUUGAUAGAGUAUUACUCCUGGAGGGGGGCUCUGCUCAUCCUGGGAGGAUUUGUCUCCAACUUGUGUGUUUGUGGGGCUCUGAUGAGGCCGCUGGAACCCAGAGGAGGUGAAAGGAAAAUGAUGGACAAAAUAGGAAACCUGGAGGAGGGCGGUUAUGUGGCAGCACUACUGGAUUCCAAAGACGAAAAACUAGCUGUUGAGAGCAGCCAGGCGGAGCCAAAGCAGCUGGACGCUUACGACUCAGGGGACAUGGAGCUACAUGUAGCCAACGGGAAGCUUAGAAACUAUAAACUUGAAAACAGUAAACUGGCUCAGGUGAAUCUUGCACAGAUGCUGCUAUCAAAGUCUAAACUCUCUGACACAAGGUUAACAGAUGUGAAGUUAGCAGACUCCAUUGUAAUUAGCAACAACAUGCUGACUACAAAAAUGCUGGCCGAGAUCAAACUCUCAGACCCUAAGCUAGCUGAUGGCGGUACGCUGGAAGACUUAAAAUUGGUAGAAAGCAUGACCUCGAACUACAAGCUAGCUGACAUCACAGCCACUAAGUUAUCCAGCACCGUGGACACUAAUAUAGCCGACGUCAUGGAUGUCACACAAGAAGAAUUAAGACGCACCGAAGUCCAACUGGUGGAUGUCCAACAGUUACCCGUAGAUACUAACACUCAUCAAAACACUUUAAUGAACACCAAAACUCCUUCCAAAUGUACGUGCCCAGUGUCCACGGAGGAGUUUGGCUUCCUGUUAAUGGCCGACUUCUUGCUGCUGGCCAUGUCCUUCCUGUUCCUGGCGUACGGCUGCAGCAUCCCAGUGGUCUACCUGAUCCCUUACGCCCUCAGUGUCGGGGUGGAGCACCAAAAGGCUGCCCUCCUCAUAUCCAUAUUCGGAGUUAGUGGCAUUGUGGGUAACAUCACCUUUGGAUGGAUCACGGACAGGAAGUGUCUGAAGAGGUAUCGGACAUUGAGUUACAUGGCGGCAGUGGGCAUGGAGGGCCUCUGCUGCAUGUUCCUCCCACUCCUCCACUCCUUCCCUCCCCUGGCCCGAUUCUCCAUGCUCUACGGCUACUUUGACGGGGCGUAUGUAGCACUCAUCCCUGUGGUCACUUCUGACGUCGUGGGUUCCAGCUACCUUACCUCUGCUCUGGGAGUGGUUCACUUCCUACAUGCUAUUCCCUACCUUAUCAGCCCACCAAUAGGAGGUUGGUUGGUGGACAGGACAGGUGACUACACGGCAGCCUUCCUCCUCAGCGGGUUUUCCCUCAUGAUCAGCCCUCUCUUGCUGGGCUGUGGCAUGCUCCUCAGACACUGUUUGAGGUCCAAGACUAACUCAGACAACGUCUCAGACUCCAAGCUCAAGAUCUUGAAGAACCAAGCCACAGAUGCAUCUUAA